GUCAAUUUUUGUCUUCAUUAUCAUUUGAAAAAAAUCGAUAAAAAUGGCAUAAGGUUUACAUUUGUAAAGAUUUUUUGAAUUUAGCAGAAAAUCAUGGAAGAUAGUGGAAUAGAAAGUGAUGAAAAAUUAUUUGGAACAAAGAAUAUGAAUGACAUUUUAUGCAGUACAAAUGAGUCAAUGAAUCAUCUUACAACAUUUCCAAGUACCACCGUUAUCGAGAAAAAUUAUUGUCUUAAGCCAAAAAAACCUGUGACAGCUGCCUGCGAAAAAAUCAACACAACUCCUAAUAAUGACAGAUUGAAUUCAUAUAGAGUGUUACAACGAAAAUUGGAGAUAAAGGCAGAAAAAGCAAAGAAGAAUUUUAGUAGAGUACACGACAUUGACGAACUCGAAAAACGGUCUUCCUCAACACUGAUUUCGAUAAGUAGACUAAAUAUACCGAAUCGUCCAGAAACUCAACCACUAGUUGAUUACAAUUCCGAAAAAAGUGACGAUGACGAUCAUCCUUUUUUUCCUGUAAAACUGAACAACAACAAAAAAGUAGAUAUAACUGAUACAUUCAGUUUACAGGAAAUGGAGAUGACAAUUGAAAGUAAUUCAGAUGAAGAUGACUCUACACAAAAUCUAGAACUACGCUUUUCUGAUCCAAAUGAAGGAUGGUUAUACAAGGUCAAAAGAUGGUCUUGCUGUCUAUAAGAUUAUAAAAAAAUCCUUUUCUGUUUCUAUAUGGGGGUGGAAGACAUGACAGAGGAAAAAAAGUUAUUUAUAUAUUAUUUUUUUUUAAUUUUUUAUAGAAAAACUUAGUAUCAAAUCUCAAUGACAAAAAGGUCAAAAUAACUAUAAUUAACUAAAAAUAACGGUCAAAAAUUGUUUAAAUCUAAAAUAAAAAAAGUAUUUAAAACUUUUUUUAUUUUUGUCUUUAAUGUGGGGUAUUUUGUUUUCAAAAAUUUAGGAUAAAACUCUUGAACAUUAUUUAGAAUGACCUAAAAUCUAUUUUGUAAAUUUGUUUCGAUCGUUCUUGAUUUCAAAAUACCUAAUGUAUAUAAAAAUCCGUAUAUAGCUAGUAUAUAAAACUUGAAAAUUCCAUAACACAUAUACUUCAUCAUGAUUUUUAACAACAAAGGUGGUGAAAGAAAAGUAAAACAAGAUAAGUCUCUGAAACACUCUUAAAACAAAAAAAGAGAACGAUUUUUUUUCUUAUUUACACAAAACUAUAUUUUCUUUUAUUGGUAAUUUUAAUAUUUAUUUAUAUUAAUUAGACCUAUUAGUUACACCAUGAAGAGUAACAAAAAUGAUACAUUUUACAAAUUACAUACUUAGAAAUUGAGAGCGCAACUUUAUUCGAGAACCUUUUAUGAUUUCGUUUAUUUAAUAAUUAAAAGAAA